AUGGAUAACCCGAGUCCUUCCAAUUCACUACAGCCUUCAGCAGCGUCUCCAUUUGGCUUUCCGGAGAAAGAUGUGAUAUUUUUCAUCAAUAGCUGCAACCUGCCUGAGGAAGAAGCUCGCGAUUUCAUGCUCUUUCUAAAAGCCAAGAGCGCGAUUUCCGGGGCACACAUCAAGAAUGCUCUGGAACACGUCUCCACAGCGAAAUCGCCUCAUAUCCACCCAUCAGCCCUGCAACCGCCGUCCGCACUACCGUCAACUGCAAUGUAUGAAGGUCUCUCAGGUUUCACGCCGACUUUCGCCAGGCAUAAUGAUGCCAAAUACUAUCCGAACAUUAUCUGCGUCAUCUGCAAGGAAUGGGUGUGCUCACGUAGUCGACGGCUUCACGUGGGAGCGCACUUCGACUAUCGCAAGUAUAAAUGCCCGUAUUGCAGUUUUACCCAUAGCAAAGAGAUAUUUGUUGUUUCUCACAUGAAAAGAAUUCAUGACAAGCAAGGCCAAGUGCAGCAGAAGGACGAUCCCGUGAUUGAGGAAAGGAUUGAGGAAGUAUGUAACAUGAGCAUAGCGAUGACGCGAGAUAUACUUCGGGGACAAUACGACGAGAAAAUUUAUAAAAACUUUUCGAGUUCUUAUACGCCUCGCAGUCAAAUUCAUAACAAGGAGCGAAAAAGUCGGACGAAGGUGCUCACUGCGGUAACCGAUGCAACCAACAGACAAUUGCUCUCCUGA